AGACAGAGAGGAGCAUAAUAGAAGCAGAGUUGGAAAAGAAGAGAAAACACAAACAGCAAUGGCCGCUCUACAGUAUUUGGAGUCACUGAGAAAUACGCAACCGGAACUGGCGGAAUGGUACAAUUCGCUUGCAGAUCUGUAUCAGAAGAAGCUCUGGCAUCAGCUCACUCUCAAGCUCGACCAAUUCGUUGCUCUUGCUGUCUUCCAGACUGGUGAUGCUCUGAUACAGUUAUAUCAAAAUUUCAUCUCUGAUUUUGAGACCAAAAUAAAUCUUCUCAAGCUUGCGCACUUUGCUGUCAUAGUAUCUCGGCAGUAUAAAGAGAAAGAAGCUGCCAUCGCUUAUCUUGAAGGAGUAAUUGAAAAGCUUGUAGCAACUCGAGAGUUACGCAUCGAUGAACCCAUUCUUUACAUUAAGAUGCAAUUAGCUAUCUUGAAGCUAGAGCAAGGAGAUCAAAAGGAGUGCAAGAAACUUCUAGAAGAUGGAAAGAGUACACUAGAGAGCAUGACUGAUAUUGAUCCAUCAGUAUAUGCCAGUUAUUAUUGGGUUGCAUCUCAGUACUAUAAAUACCGUCAAGAGUUUGCCGAGUUCUACAAAAGCGCUCUUCUUUAUCUUGCCUAUACAUCAGUGGAGUCCCUCUCAGAUUCGUUCAAGCUGGAUUUGGCAUUUGAUCUUUCCCUCUCUGCGCUUUUGGGAGAUAAUAUCUACAACUUUGGAGAACUGCUUGCUCAUCCAAUUAUUAAGAGUCUUUUGGGAACACAAGUCGAGUGGCUCUACUAUAUCCUUCAGGCAUUCAACUCCGGUGAUCUAGUUCGCUACCAAGAAUUGUGCCGCGUGCACACUGCAUCUUUGAGGGCACAGCCAGCACUAGUUGAGAAUGAGCAGAAGCUGUUGGAAAAGAUCAAUAUUCUCUGCCUGAUGGAAAUCAUUUUUAGCCGUUCUUCUGAAGAUAGAACUAUUCCACUAACUGCCAUUGCUGAGCGCACAAAGCUUUCUGUUGAGGCUGUGGAGCAUCUCCUUAUGAAGAGUCUUUCUGUCCAUCUUAUCGAGGGCAUAAUCGAUCAAGUUGAGGGAACAGUUCAUGUUUCAUGGGUGCAACCAAGAGUUCUGGGGAUUCCACAGAUUGAAUCCUUGCGAGAUCGACUGGAUAGUUGGCUGGAGAAAGUACACACGGCAUUAGUAUCGAUCGAAUCUGAAACACCAGAUCUGGUUGCGUUGUGAUUUUUCUGACUUUGGGUUGCUUUCCUUAUGUUCUCAAUCUCCUUUCUUUCUUCUCCGAAAAGGGAAAAAUGGUAGGCAGCAUAGUGGGGAGAGACGCUAUAGCCAGUCAUUUGGGAAGUUGCUGCUUAUUAAUAUUGUAGAAUCCUUUUCCUGCGUCAUUUUUUGAAAAAGAAGCAGCUAUGUACUCUCUUUAAAUUUGUCAUUGCGGAGAUGGGAACAGAAAAACAGGUUAAUCUUACGUUAUUUCUUUUUCA